AAAAUUCGCUGUGUGAACCCAGUCUUUCGUUUCAUUCUUACCUCGUCCAUUGUGCUAAUGCUGCUUCUCUGUAUUUAACGUUCUCUGUAGUAGGCUGCGUAACAGCGUCCUAAUCGAACAGACCUGUUUUUCUUUGUUUCUUCACACACGAUAUCCUAAUCGGUUGGGUCCAAAAAUUUACUACCGCGAGCAGUUAAGGGACUUUUUUGACAGAACAGAACGAACGGAGCAAAACAGAUACGAAGGUACUAGGAAGGAAUAGAAAAGAGACGAAAAAUUAAACAGCUGGGUAACGUUGGACAAUAGAAAAAACAAAAGAACCUCUAAUAAGCAGCAAAACUUUUAAAAUUUUACCUUGCUGCUUAAAUUGCGUUCGUUGUGUCUCCGACUGUUGCAAUUUGUUUAUUGUUAAAAUAUAAAAGUCGCCGAAACCCGCCAUGGAUUUGCUGAAUUCAAUACUCAAUUCAAUGGAAAAACCUCCGGCAGCCACAGAGCAACAAAAAAAGUUAAUAAAGAAACAAAAAGAGCUUGCUGAACACAUAAAAAACAAACAAAAAGAAGAGCUAAAUCGAUUUCGUAAAUAUGUGGAGGAUCGCAUUGGGCGCUUUGCCAAGGAUGAUCGCCCGCAUAUUGAGUUUCAGCCGCUGGACAAGGUGCAUCGUGCCAUUAUACAUGAGGUAGCGGAAUUUGGUGGCUUUAUUGCCAUGAGCUUUGGUCGGGAGGAUAUCGAUCGGCACUCGGUUGUCUAUAAAAAGGAAAAUGCACCAUCAGAGGAUGAAAUAGCUGCACGUCGAAAUGGUGACGGAUGGAAUGAAGAAGUGGCCAAAGAAUACGCUGAGAGGCGAAAGCAACAACGUGAAUUAGAAAGUGAACAGAAGAGACUGGCACGUGCUUCCAACCAACAACCAACUACCAGUGAGUCUGACAUAAAGCCAACGAGCAACUAUAAAGACAAAUAUGCCCAUCUUAUUGGGCAAGAAGCUGCCUUGGAGGCUGCACGCAAAACGGAGACUAAUAAGAGUUAUGGUUUUGUUCCAAGUAAAAAUAAGAAGGAUAUGCGGUCAAUAGAGCAAACCUUAGCCGAUAUACAGGCAAAGAAAAAGCGCAAACUCGAACAGCAACAACAGAUUGAGAAACCAGAUCUGGAACAAGCAAACGUUGUUGAACAACAGCGAAAUUCCUUAGGUGCAGAUGAAGGAACGCAAGCUGCUGUAUUAAUUGCUAAUGCUGAAGAUCAGUGAUAAUUGAAGCGAACAACUAUAAUUGAAUUAAUACACGCUUGACGACUGCUUCGGGUCUUUGCAUCAACUUGCAAUAAAUUGCAAUAUUUUUACUAUUACGAGAUCACAACUGAAUUGUUAACUAUUUGAAAUGCCGUUGAGUAAAAAGCAUAAAUACAUUAAAUUAAAAUA